AUGGCCGCCACGACGCUUCGGAGCGACCGCCGCGCCGCCGACGGCCGCGUGCUCGCACUGCAGGACCUCCUUUCGGACUUUGAAGCGAAGCAGCGCGCGCUGCUGCUCAUGGCCAUGGACAAGGCCGUGGACAAGGCCAUGAAGAAGCAGAGCGAGAUGCUCGAGGCCAUCCGGACGACCGUCGAGACGCGGCACUGCGCGGCGGUGCACGAGGUGCGGGACGACAUGGCGCGUCUCCAGCCGUCGCUGCUGCUCGGGACGCUCAUUGGCCGGACCAUGGACGUGCAGCAGAACCCCGGCCUGGUGAACUGGAUGGCCCGCGACGACAGUGGCAGUAGUUGUAGUAGUAGUAGUAGUACUACUACUACGCGGGACAAGACGCGGGACGAAACGGGCGACAGUGACCGCAAUAGCGACAAGAGCAGUGACACGGGCAGCAGCCACGGGCGGCGGUGCCGCAAGGACGAAGUGCUCGCGUGCCUGGCCAAGCUGCGCGGCCACCUGGAGGCGCGACAGGGCAAUGCCUUUCGCAGCGACUUUGAAGUGCUGUUGGUUUUGUAUAUGGAGUACCUGGGGAUCCCUAUGGAACACGGUGCGCGCCUGAAUAAUCGGAUUGAAGAUUUGUACCAAGGGUUGCUGGAUAAAGCGGGCGCCAAGCAUGAAUUAAUGCACCUCGUGCACCGCGUGCGCUGGGCGUGCUUUGGCGUGCGCGCGAUUGGCAACGCCCGCUCGCACGAAGCGACGUUGCUGUCGGAGAGUGAAAUUUUUGAACUGUGUGGCUGCUUUAGCGCACUGGGCGCGGGCUUACCGACGCUGGCGCUGGAGUUUAAUGUGUCAAAGAAAUGUCGGAACGAUAGCGAGGGAUCGUUGAUACCAAGUGAUAAGCAAGUACUUCGAGAGUCGUCUAAUUCGGGUAAAGAAAUGGCCAUGCUGGCGCAAUUACGCCAAGCGGCUGCUGCUGGCACCAGUAGCGACCAGACGCCGUUUGACUUUAUUAUCCAACUUAUGGCGAACAAUGGAUUUCAUGUCAACAAUACGUCGGCGUCGCCACGGGGCCCACCGGCGUCGCCAAGUAAUAGUCCGCCGUUGCUCCCGCCCGGGUUCAGGAACGAUAGCUUCACUUUAUCUGGCUCUGCCCCGUCACCAUCGGUAUCGGUAUCGUCGAAACCGCCAGGCUUGACGGAUCUGAGCUUGUCGAGUUUGAGUUUACACGGCUCCAACAUGAAUGGAACGUCAUCAUCAGCUUUGAACGGCUUAAAUUUGCACGGAUCAACAAUGAAUGAAGGAUCAUCAACAAUGCACGGGGGAUCGUCAACAAUGAGCGGAUCUACGUUUAAUGGGUCAGCGUUUAAUGGCUCAACGUUGAACAGCUUGAAUUUACACAGCUUCGACUCGGGCGACCGCACGUCGAGUCAUGUGCCCCCGUUGUCGCGGCUCGGCUCGAUUGGCAGCCUCAAUAACAACGCGAGUCAAUCGGUGCCAGUUCCGCUUCGAUACAGUGACAAAGCCAGUGGCGUGUGGUCGCAGCCACCGCUUCCGCCCAGCUAUGCGACGCCGCCGAGAAAAGCGAUGCACUCGCCAAUGUCGUUGGGGUAUCGUGAUAGUCCACCAGAUCGCUCGCCGCAUUCGCUACGAGCUGAAAGCCCGGUACGAAGUUCGUUGAACCCACUACAAAUGUCCUACAGAGUCGAGAGUCAGCCGAAGGCAGCGCCGCAACCUCCUGCAGCCCCGCAGAACGAAGUACCAUCGCAAGCCAAUUUGGCACUCGUCUCGACGUUUACGCUGUAUCACCAUCGCCCGACGGAACUGCCCAGGGAAAGCGAUCGCGUUCGCAAGGCCAUGUUUGCGCGUAUGCUGAAUCAUAUGAACUCAUUGCCGAAAGCGACGUUGUGCCCGCUGUUGCCGAGCCACGACCCGACGUGCCCGCUCUCACACACGUACAUGGAGGUGAUGUCGUACAACCCGCUGUACAAGCGCUUGGUGUGCCGCCAGCCGUCUCACUACUGGGGAAGCCAAGUGAGUGAAGACGAGAGCUGUGUGUGUUUGCACAUUGACACGGGGCUCACGUGGGAGUGGAUGGACGAAGCGCGUGACAAGCGCAUGUACUGCCUUCGUGGCGCCAAGUGCAUCAAUGCCAAUUGUUUCAAGUCCCACUCGUUUGAAGAAAUGUGCUGGUACAACCCGUCCUACAAGAUUAAACGCUGUACCGUGCGCGCGCACGACCACAUCGCACGCGCGCGUGGCACGAUCGCGCCUCCGCUCGACUGCAGCUAUUACCAUAUUGAAGAAGGCAAGAACGCCGACAAGCGCGACUUCACGGCGGAACACGACCACGUGGGCAAAGAUAUCAAGAUGCUCUUUACCGAGCGCACGCACAAGCCCCUGGCCGAUCUCCUCGAAGCUGUUCGCUACGCGCGUGCCCACAACCUCUAA